AUUCGAACCAACUUCCGGCAGUCGGGAGCGAUGCCGCGAUGUACGCGCCGACGCGCGCACCCCGUCGUCGUCGUCGAGCCGCAUCUGCGCAUUUUCCAGCUGAGUUUCCCUCACAGGCGAGGUUCUGCCUGUCCCGGAUUGUCGUGUAUUCGCCGACACACCAGGCCGGCAGGGAAAUCAAGAGAGAACCCUCGACUAUACCGUUCACAUAUCGUUGAAUAAUUAUGUACAAAACGGUGCGGAAAGGCGAUGCCAGUCUGCAGUACACGAUACUGCCGCAGACGGAUCAGUUCUCGUCCGGCGGAUUCCCGCAGGCUUCCGGCAAGCCUCGGCCGAGGAUCAUCAAGUACACGAUGGCCACUAUAAUGGUGCUGAUCGUACUGUCUUGCGUGGCCACGCCGUUCCUGUUGAAUCAGAAUUACGAUCACAACCUCGUCAGCACGAUACGAGCGCUUAGCCGAGCAGAGCCGGUCAUGAACACACCGAGAAACCAAACAAAGAACGUCAGUGAGGAUAAGAACAGAGGCAGGAUCUCGACCACGACGACAUCGGCGACCGAGGUCACAAGGAGGAAAGACCUCGAAGAUGGCACGACUUCCUUUAAUGUAAUUCUCCGGGGUGAAGAAGAGGAGGAGGAGGCUAUGGUUGAUGACGCCACGUUAGCAGACACGCCGGAAUUCAGUACACAAGGGAUCUCGAGCCUGGAAACGUCGACGAGGGACCGUCAAAUGGCAACGACUUCCGUUCUACCGUCGAUUUUUUCGGCGUCGUCGACGACAACGUCGAAGGCGUCCACGAGCGGCACGACGGAGAACACGAAAACGUUGAGCACGCCGAAAAAGCCGAAAAUGCCGCGGGUGACCCUGAAGCUGCGAGAGAACGAGACCAUACCGCAGAUGUACGUGAAGGCGGGGAUAGCCUCCUACAAGAAGGGUAACAUCACCACCAGCGUCCUCGCGCCCCGUCUGAGUCUCGAGGGUUUGAUAUUCAAAACGCCGGAAGGCACGAUAAAACCCUGGCCCCAGAAGUGGUUCUUCGGCGAGCCCUCCGAUUCCGACGUCAAGUGGAAAGUGUUUACCGUGAAUCACAUGUCGAUGGUAACAGUUUACUCAAUCUUCGGAGGAAUGUGCGCAACGGCAUGUGGCCUAAUCGCCCUGACGAUUCACGUGCAGCGUAGUGCACGUAAAACGCUCAGACGUGCCGGGCAGAACGUCGAGGAGCCGGAGGUCGAGGAGCACGAGUCGACCCUGCUGGGCGCGGAGAGCCAAGAGACCGAGGAAAAGGAGUAAAUCCCGGCGACGAGCACGACGCACCCGGUACAUAGCGCGCGGUCUCGAAAAAAAGAAGCGAAAAGUGCUUUUUAACUUUCUGACGCCAGUCGAAUUCUAUCUGCGUACAAAAGUAGCCGUACUGCCAGCUACAAUAAAGGGCCCGCUUUCCAGCCCCGUUUAAUUAAAAGUGAUGUUUGACGAACGUGCUAUCAGGAACAUCGUUUAAUCGAUAUCCACACGCCGUUUACUCAGUGAUAUCUGUCGCACGGAGAAACGUAAUACCAUAUUUUGCAAAAUAUGACGAGCAGAUCGCUGAUAUUGCAUCGGAAGUGUGCCAGAAAUAUUUGCGUGACAGAAAUAUUGAAUUAAUCCGAACCUUGCGCGGUAACUGGAAGUUUAAUUAUAGGCAGCUUCACCAAUGUAUUGUUUCGAUAAAAUGAUAUUUAUGUAAAAGCAUACAGAAUCGUUUCAUGAAAAUGAUACAUAUCUUCCUAUAUAAAUUAUAUCUUUCACGGGGAAAGCUAAACAAAAAUUGUGUCAAAAUUGAGAUUGACAUGGAUAUACAUUAUGAUUGUUGACGUCGUCAUGAGAAAAGUACAUCGCAAAGUAUUAUAUACUUAAGAAUGCAAUGUGUCUAAAAUAAAUGGACAUCUCUAAAGUAAAACUUUAGUUUAGAAGCUGUAACCUUUUGACUUAUAUAAUAUUUUACGAUCGCUUUUACCAUGAUUUUAAGAUCUAAAAAUGAUACUUUUGUUAAAUUACUUUUCGUUUUACUGGCGUAAAAACAAGUGUAUUAAUUUAUUCGUAUUAUAUUGCGUAAAAUUGUUAAUUGUGAAUCUUUACUUUAAUUAUGCAAUUUGAUAUUUGACAAUAAUUGCGCUUGACAAAUUUUAAAAUAAUUGAUUGUUUUUUUUUUUAAUGUAAAUUUUUAGCCACUGUCAAGCGAUCUAGGACGAUGCGCAAAACGAUAUACUUAAUAUUAACUAUUCGAGCUUUAGCCUAGAAUAUUCCACAAGAUUGAUUCCAAGAGUCAGUGUUGCUAUUUUAUUUUAUUCGAGGUAAAGCGCUCAAGAUAAAAUCGUGACGAUAACUCGAUAAAGAGACACGCUUGUGCAAGUUACUAUUUGUAAAAUCCGUUUUAUUAGUAUAUAAUUUCUAUUAUGCGCAACACGAGUCUUAUCUAUUUUAGUUCUUAUAUAUUCCAUACUUUACAAUAUUUAUCUCGUAGUUUCGUUAUUUCAAACGGGGUGAAACUUACAUUAAUAUGCAAUUUACUUAUUGUAAAAUAUUCAAAUAGCUAAAUAUUAUUAUAUAAAUAAUUUAAAAAAUCAGUUUGAAUUGUCAGCAAAAAUCUCAUGAUGAAUUAAAAAGAGGCGGCUGGUUACAUGUUACAUCAAUAUAUAUUUAAAUCUAGAAAUUAUUACACUUUAUCCAGAAAUUAUUCAUGCAAAAUUCAUACCUAUUUAUUUACAAAAAUAAUCAGCAAUGCAACAUACAAAAAAAUUAUAGAUAUAAUUAUUUCUCAAAGAUUAAAAAUCUGAAUUUUCUUAUUGUCGAUGAAUUAAACAAAAUAAUUUAAUGAAAAAUAGAUGCUGCGAAAUAAUUUGCGAACAAUUUCAAUUAUAUUCAUAUUGUUACAUAAAUUUUAUUCAAUAUUUUUGAGUCAAAGGUGAAAAACUGUAGCUAUAUAAUCUUAAACGAAGCGAUCUGAUGGAAUCCAUUUAAUUUCACAUAUAUCGCAUGCAGUUCACGUAAUCAACCAAUAAUUAAAAUUGAAUUCACAAUAUCAUUGUUAUAAAUCCAUCUAGAGAUACCUAUGAGAAACGCAAGUACAAUAAAGUAUAUUAUCAUAUUCAUUUAGAUUGCAUACAUGCUUUGUAAUAAUGAAUCACUCGUCAUAUUAUAAUCAGCGAAAGAAAACUUUAUCAUAAAGCGUAUUUAGUUUAACAUCAUAUAAGAUUUUUGACAAAAUUCUUGUUUAUUAUUUGUAAUUAAGGAGCGACUAGAGUAACUUCGAUCUUUGAUCGAUCUUACUUCCAAUUAUACCUCGACAUAUUUAUUUAUAAUAAUCUCUCGGUAUUCAGUAGAUUUUAUUUAUUUAUGUAAAUAUUAAUUGCUCGUA